AUGGAGGACAUCACAACUCUGUGGAAGUGUCAGGAGACCCAAAGCAACGCAGGCGUCAACAACAUCCUCAAGCUGCUGUCCGAAGUCGGCGCGAACGGCUUCAACCGGGCUCAACUGGAGCACCUUUUCCAAUUGGUCAGAGACAGUUGGUGCGCGCUGGAUAUUCAGGCACGCCUUCAAUUCAGUCGGCCACCGGCAUCAGGUAAAAUGCCAAUGAAGCAUCGCCUGCGCCCAAGAUUAUCGAUCACUACCUCUGCACGGCACCCACUGACGGAGCCCUCGACCAUCCGGAAUGCACGCCACCGUCUGCUCAACUUCGUGGCCACCACUGCGAUCACUUCUCGCGAACCCUGGGUCUCUGACCUCUGUCUCAAGCUGCUGUGGCAGCUGGCCCACGGUCUAAAUUCCAGGUCGCCAGACCACGCCAAAGCUGUCAUCUCAGACACCGAGGAGAAGAGCAAAGCGUCAUCUGGCGUUAGGAAGUUGGAGAGGUUUGUCUGUGCCUUGAGCAGCGGUGGGAAUGGCGGAGGAGGAUGCGGCGGUGGCGGCGGUAGCAGCAUCGUGGGCAACGGAAUGUCCGUCCACCUGACCAGCCCCACUUGUCCUGAGCACACAGAAGCGGCCAUCACUCAACUCGUGAUUGUCCUCCGCGAGUGCAGGCUACCAGCCAACGAACAACGCCAACGACUCAACAACUGGCUGUCUGUCACCGCGGAAGAGUUGAAACGAGACACUCUACGUGACCUCAACCGAACCCACUCUCUCAUCGACACGGUGUGCAAUUCUCUCCACCGUCUCCAAAAACAGGCCUCCACAUCGAAGUACCUGGUGUCUACGCAGCCCAGAAGUUCAACCAGCUCUGAACCACAGAACGUCAUCCAGCAUUCUGACAUAAUUAAGCGACAUUUGGAUGUGCUUCAGUACCUCUUGAGUACCGCUGACCUCCGGCUCUCUGUGGAACGCGCUCAGGGCAUCUGGGACACCCUCGUCAACGACUUCAGCCCCGUUCUCUUUGAUGUCGAGAAAACACUUCGCUGGUUCGCGUCGGCCGUGGAGUUGCUUGAAACUGACGCUCAAAACAGCAUCUUUACCAAGCACAUUCUCAAGUUGUCACCAUCAAGCAUACACACUCUCAAAGGUUUUCAAUCUUACGAGGUGUUCUUCGUUAAGGUAAAUUUGAACGAAGGUCGACUCAAGAUGACUCAGGACACUUGGACUGUCGAGCGAAUGGAUCUCAUCGGCGUGGACUUUUUGUGGGACCUCUACACCUGCCUGCCGACUCCACCGAAGCCAACUGACAACCAGCUGACCAACGGCCCUGUCGAUACGGCCGAGACCAAGUCUCAAUCGCAACUGAGCGAGGACAGUGGUUCCAGGGGGUCCAAGGAAGUCCCCUUGGAGUUGCAGAUCUUCGAACGCCGUCAGGCCGUCCACAAGGCUCGAAAGCUUCUCCUCCUCAUCUCGUGGUCUCAGCUUUCCAGCAAAUUGAAGAGAGAUCCUGAAAGUUGUCACAAGCGAUUUUUCGACUACUGUCGCAAAAGAAUUGAGCUCAAUCUGUCGUCUUCAUUAAGCGAACAAAAGUCCCCCUCCGUAAGAAAGCCCUCGCAAGCCAGCUUGCGAGCCCUGCUAGCUGACACAGGGCAGUUCUUGGUCUCGCUCCUGGUCGGCCCGAAGGCGGCCGCCUCGGCUCGCUGUCGCCUAACCAAGGCGUCUCGUCUGGCCCUCUAUCGCCUCCUCUACAUCGUCUUCUCGUACAUCGAAAAUGCCGAGGACGAACUGAUCGGUGCACAUGAGCCACCAAGUGUAUGGAAGCCGCACUACAUGUCCUUUCGUGGUUGGGAGCUUCGCAUUCCCCUACGCGUCCUCAGCCCUUCCGGUCAACUUCUCAUCUCAUCAACCCUCCCACUAACCCCACGCUGUCACACCACCUCCUUCGGUCUCUGCUUAAGCGACGCGACCGCCGAUGCCCUCAACAAUCCAAUCCUCAUUGUCCACUCGAACGCCACACUGGCGUCUGUGCGACGACAGAUUGCCCUCCUAAUACCGGUGUGCCUUUACGCGCUCACAAAUUCAACGACACGGUUCGCCUUCGGGUCGGAAAUCCUCGCCCUUGAUCCUAUUAAACCCCCGGGUGUUAGCGGCCUGCACGAGUUGACAAACCGCAAUCGACAGGCUCCUCUGCCUGAUCCCAAAAGCGAGACACCCCUGGGACACAAACUUGAUAGAGAAGCGGUUGGUGAACUCGGGUUUCAAACUGGACGCACGCUGGUGAUCCGGCUUCAACCGCAUGUGGAACAUCAGGGUGGGGGGAUGGGCAGUGGCAACGCUAGCUCCGUGAGUAUAUCCGAUGGGUUGCACCUUCCCUUGCUCCGGCGAACGUCAGCGUCGUCGAUGAAGUCGGGAGGAAGCGGGAAGCUGAUGCCUCCUCCACCGCCAAACCACGGAUCUUCAGUGUCUUCCUCGUCAUUUUUACCAAAGGUGGCGUCUUUUCUGCACGGCACGACAGAAAAGCAGACCGGUUUUGUAGUGGAUCCGGGCUAUUUGCAGUCGCAAAGGUUCACGUUGCCCAGCUUGAUGCUUUCCGCGAACGGAUCCGCGUACGAGUCGUUGUUCAGCCUGGCGGAAAACGAUUUGGCGGAGACUGGAACGGCCCCGACUGGGCCGAAUCUGCUUCACAUGACCAGACUUCUGCUCUACUGUCUGCCAACCUACCGCCCGCCGAUUGGAGUUCAUGCAUCUGAAAAGCCCACAAAAGGCGCCAGCGGUGGUGGCAAAUCGGUUUCAAACUCUUUUGCCGCCUCAAUGGCAUGCACACCUCAGAACUUGAUCGAUGCCUCGCAGUUUCGGUUGCUGUACCUCCUCCAGGUUUUGAGUGGCAAUCUGGUGGCCCGUGAGUCGUCUGCCUGGUGGGAGUGUCACGCAGAGGGCCAUCGUGGCGUCGCGCAGCCCGACGCCACUCCGCCCAGUCUCUCCGUGCAGCGCCGCAGUCUAGCGGAGGCAGAGGGUGUGUCGGGGAGCCGAGUUGUCGCCACCAAGAAGUCUGUGGCCCUCAUAUCCUCCGAGUCCUGCCUCAAUCUGCCUUCGACGCGGCUGUUCGGCGGCGGAACCGCCUCCACCUCGUGUCCGCCCUCGCCGGAAAUGGUGCGACGACUGGGGAAGAAGUCUACCAUCGGUCAGAGAGGCAUCAGAUGGCUUGUUGGCGGUGGAGACAAGGCUAAAGACGCUGCAGAACACCCAGUAACGUUAAGCAAAAUGAGUGGGAGAGGUGACUGGCUCGAGCCCCUGGUGAUAAUUCUUCGAAAACAGCUGAUCGCAGGAACGGCGGCGCAGUCGGAAUCUGUCGGGCUUCUGGUUACGGACAUGUUGGUGAGGAUGGUGGCUCCCACGGAGAACUCUCAGGCGAAAGACUCCUGCCGGUCCGAUGCGUGGAUUUCACGGGAGAUCAAGCACUGCGCCCUCCAGAUCCUCGCGACCCUCCUCAACCCCUCAUCCUUCAACUCACCGGACAAUAGCGAGUGCAGCUCCAGGGCCUCCAGUUUUUCCUCGAGUUGUAGCUCCCUCACGAGCUUCGUGCUGCCAGACUUUGCGCCCAAGCUGCUCUCCGUGCUGAUGGACACGGCGUUGGCCAGCGCCGCCCAGAUGUUCUGUCCGGAGGGCAGCGGGACUGGCGGCGUUGUGAGCGCUCGUGUUGGCGGGAGCGGUGGCGGCGGCGGGAUGAAACGGCGACGUCGCGGACACCUGCCGAUAGUCGAGAGCCACGCUGGUGUCGCGAAUGCCCUCGACCCCCUCGCCAGUUCCAUCGGCUUCGCACUCACGUGUCAGGAUGUCGAGAUUGCCGUGAAGAGCAUCCAGCUGCUAUGCCAGUGUGUCCUCUCUUAUCCGGCGCAAUUCAUGAACCCCUUUCUGCAGAUGCCGGACCUCAAGAUUUCGCUUCUUCGCCUUCUUCUCCACUCUCCAUCCCUCAGGAUCCGUUCUGAGACUUGCCAUCAGCUGGAGCAACUCCUCUACCUUUCUGCUGGUCAGCAUCACCAACCAGUGGCCUCGGCGUUUGGUGUGGAGCCGUGUUGCCAACUAUUUGCAUGGGAAGUCUCACCGGAUUCUCACAGUUCCCGACUGCCACCCUACUGUUUCGACCUCAUCUCCGUCCAGGACGUCGCCAGCACCCCAUUCGUUGACCUUCUCCUGGGACUGCUCUUCAGGGCACCCAGAGAAUCGACGACAGGCUCUUUGAGUAACCUCUUGCCCCCUUUCUGGACAACCAAUCAGUUAAGCGCGUUGGCUGAUGACGAAGACAGGCAGGCUCUGGUGCAUUGCGCGGAGUUCUUUCGACUGAGAGGUCGACUUUUUGCUCUGGUCGAGACAAGCUGUCUGGAACGCUUUGGUGGACAAAAUCAUACCAUGGUACUCGAGGACGAGAUACGGUGGUUCCAGCGUUUCGCUCAGGCCCACUCCCAUGCCGUCUCUUGGAGCGAUGUCCUGCUUCCCGCUCCUGACUGCGCCCUGCUGAACGGCCACCUCAAGUUCCUUCGCGUGGCCUCCACCCAAAUGGUUGCCAUGGUCGCGGCCCGCGUGGCUAACCAGUCGCGCGCGGGUGUGGCCGCGUGUGUCGCACCCGCAUCCAACGCCACGGCAUCCGCCGCGUCCGCGGUGUGGGACGAAUUUGGCAGCGCCCGACGAGGCACCAGUUGCCAAGGCCUUUCGCCUCCUCGUCUCCUAUUGGGUGCAGGCACGAAGGACAGGGGCAAUCUUGUCGCAGAUGCGGAGACAACUCCAGUCCGAGGGGGCCAUCUGUCCAGUGCCUAUCUCACUCUCAACAUCGCCCGUCCGAGCGCCUCCAUCGAUUCCAAGUUGGCUGCGCUGGUGACAAACUGCAUUCGAAUGUUGGCCGACCUUGUGCCAACACUGCUCACGGACUACAUGUUCCCAGUGGCAAACACUAUUCUGCAGGAGUACCAACACUGUCACACCGGCGGAAAGGGUUUGCAUGGAAUUGGGAGCAUCCUGCUUCAGCCACCGCCGAAGCGACUGAACGGAAAUGCCCGCCAGGAGGCCUUCAUACUCUUGCUCUUCCUCGCUAGGAUGGACCUUCACAGUCUGGAAAAGGCCGUCAACAUUCUGAUUCAGCUUCACCAUCGGGACUUACCUCAGGACCAAUCGCAACACAGCCGUUCUCCGACACCCUUUUCCAGUCUCUCCGCAGUCGAAGAGGAGGAGGAGGUGGUGGGCGGUCUCACAUUCAACGCGGACGCUACCAACCAUCUGCCCACGGCCAUCACCUGGGACUACCGACCGUCACUUUUGGGGCGCGCAGCUUGCAACUUCACGGGCCUCCGCAACGGCGGUGGCACGUGCUACAUGAAUGCCGUCCUCCAACAACUCUUCAUGCAACCUGGGGUUGUUGAGGCCAUUCUUGACGUGCCCACCUCCAAGUUGGACAAAGACAGUCUCCUCUAUCAGACGCAAGAGCUCUUCUUGAAUCUCCUCUUUUCACAACUGCAAUUCUACGACCCCGUUGGAUUUUGGCACAGCUUCCGUCUGUGGAACACAGCCACACCGAUAGAUCCCCACGAGCAGCAGGACGCGUUCGACUUCUUCCAGUCGCUCAUUGAUCAGCUGGAUGAAGGCAUGAAGUGUGGCGAGGAAAAUGCCUCCCUCCCACCCAUUCCAUUACUUGUCAUUUCUUCGUGCUUACAGAAAUUCAAUGAGGUGCCAUUCUUCUCAAAGAUAUUUCACGGCAUUCUUUCGGACACAAUGUUCUGUGAAGACUGUGGUCAUCGUUACGAUCGAGAACAGUCAUUCUCUGCCAUCAAUUUGACGGUUUGCACGGGCGAUCUGUUGGAAGAGAUGCGUCAGUACACGAGGGAGGAGGUGAUGGACGGCGACAAUGCCUACUUUUGCGAGCGUUGUCAAAUGCGCCAACGCACGCUGAAACGCCUCGCCUUCAGCAGCCUCCCACCGGUGCUGUGUCUCCAGCUGAAGCGCUUCGGUUUCGACUGGGAGCGUCAGGUCGCCGUCAAGUCAAACCAGGCCUUCUCGUUCCCGCGAAGACUCGAUAUGACGCCCUUCGUCUGUGACCCCUCUGUCUUUGAUGAAGAGGAGCACGUGCCAGCGGCGUUAAAUGCACCAGACUCUGGGUUGCCUCGAGCGGGAAGCGGCGACAGACUGCACCCGCAGCACUCGCUCCGCUCUGCCUCGGAGUCCUUCGAGGUUGUUCCGCCGAGCUGCGUCUACGAACUCUCCGGCAUCGUCAUCCAUUCUGGUCAGGCGCAUGCUGGCCACUACUACUCAUUCAUUCGAGAUCGCGGCAGAAUGGAGGCACUUCGCAGCAGCGAACGCAAGAGGUCGCGGUCGAACUCCGGCCUGUCUGGCAUCUCGGGUCUUGGUGGGUCACACAAUCCCAUCCGCAAGUUUCUUCCAUCUGACACCUUGACCCUGGGGUCGGAAGACGCCUGCUUCACAAACGGCGAUGCCACCGCGCCUGAACGCUGGUUGAAGUUCAACGACACUGUCAUUGAAGAAGUCGAAAUGACCGAUGACUUCUUGCAGCAGGAGUGCUUCGGCGGAACCUACUUAGUUGAAACUCCAGGUCGACCGCCGGAGAAGAGAACGCGGAAUUACAGCGCCUACCUCCUUUUCUACCAACGCGUGCCACCCUCGUCCGGUGGCAGUGUCUGCCCGCCUGAGAAGACCCGUUCGAGGCGAACGUCAGAACCGUCCACGAAGCCUCGCAGUGGCAGUGCCUUGGGGUGCAAAAAACGCCGAAAAAGCUCCACGAGUGGUGAGAAAAUGCGGCAUCAUUCAACAAGUGACGACGGACCAAUCAACACAGCGAAAGCCUCUCCGGACUACCAGAGCAAUCUUGCAUCUCGUGGAAGUCACCGAUCCAUCCAGUUCAUAAUGCCAUCAGUCACAACGUCGUCGGGUACCAUUACCACCAACAGACAGCCUUGCAUGUCCCUCGGUAUGACCCCAACACCCUCCAAGCCUCCGAUGUCACAUACCCCACUGGGCGGAAGUCAUCCUUCGUCGACCUGCCUCGUUGGAAUGGUCUCGGGCGAUGCUUGGUGCGGCAACGACGCUGGCGAGGUCGUGGCGGACCACACUGGCGGCGGUCUGACGCCAACGAAUGAGCCCACGUCGGCGGACGAGAUGCUUCUCAAGAUACGCAGCCGCAAUCUCGCUUUCCUGCGUGACCAGAGUAUCUUCUCAGCCGACUACGUCAGCUUCGUGCACAGUCUCGCUCAGGGCGUACUGGCGGAUUCGACGGCGCUUCAGCUGGAGCCCACGCGGGCAGUGCUGGCUUGCCAGCUGGUGGCCAACUUCGUCUUCACCACGUACCUCCCGCUGCACGCCUCGGUGAAGGUGGCGAUCUCCCCGGACCUCUGCACAGCCCUCUUGGGGCUGUGUGCACCCCCCACCUCCCAGAGUGUCGGCGAGGCACACCACCAGAAGUCCACGGCGGAGUUGGCCAGUCUGCAGGAGGCCGGGAGCAAACUUGACACCCACUGGCUCGACACGAUGCUCGCCUUAAUGACUGCCAACUGCUAUGCCGUUAGCUGGGCCCUCGGUUUCUUUGUCCGAUCGCCCGCACGACCAGUGCUUAACUACAUUCUGGCCUGCCCAAAGCCCCUGCUUCGUCAUCAGACAGCGCGACUCGUUGGCGUCGUUCUGAACACUUUCUUCGCUUCGAAAGACGCAAGCAUUCUGGACGCGUCGCUGAACCACCUGAUCGAUUACCUCCUCGAGCUGCUACUCACUGAGGUGCCCCAAUACGCGCACCAAUGCGGUUCGUACUUCGGUCUCAUGCGUGGCUACGUGGAGACGUGUCCGCACGCCAGCGUUCACCUCAGCAACCGCAGUGGAACUCGCCGGCUGCUGAGCUUCCUCGUCGAAGAGGACGCUGAGCACGAGGAGACCCUGUCGUUCGACAGUGUGGCCUUGUCGGCACCCUCGUCGUCCACUCAGAACGCCUCUUCUUCGAAAACCGGUCUCCUCUCCAUCGUAGUGCCUUCCAUCAUCUCUCCGCAGAAGGAUGCUGGCUUCCUGACAUGGGCUAGUAGUCUGCGCAGCUGGACAGUCAGUCAGAGCAAGGAGAUGGGAAAUUACUACCGACUGCUUGCCCACAUGCUGCUCCAGUCAAACUUUGAUCAGUUCCGGAAUUCGCCCCUGCCGGCCACAGCGAUCCACGCGUCCACACGCCUGCGUCUCUUUCCCCGGCCGGAGACCGCGAGGUGGCUGGGCCUCUCCAACCUCGCCACGUCCAGCGACGCCCUGUCGCGGGCCUCGGCGCUCAGUCUGCCGCCGCAGCUUCGCUAUGUCGGGGUGUUCCUGCUGGUGGAGUCGUUGAUUCGCGUCUACGUGGAGAAUCCACACACGCCGUCGCCGCCACAACGCCAACAGCAGACGGGCGGGCCCGACGCGGGCAAGCCUGAGGGCGUCACGUCAACCCAUCGGGCCUCGAUGACUGGCCCGCCUGACGAGAUGUCGCUGCGCGAGGUCGUCGUCGACGUGGUCACUCACCUCACGCAGUCGUGGUGGGUGCCGUCGGCUGCGUUUAUUUCCAUGGUCAUCGAGACGGUCGACGUCUCAGAGGUGGUGCGUUCGCAUGCCUGCAAGUUGUCCAUUGCUGUUGAAGAGCACAAAAUAACACCGAGCAGGGCUGCUAGUCCCAAACUGUUGCUGGCUGCUUUGCAGAUCCUUAUUUGGCAUCGGGCUCAAAUCCUUUCGCUGAUAGUCACGCGACCACCGGUGGAGCUGCGGCAUUACUUCGACCUCGUGAAACAGCUCCUUCGCAUCAGGGAUGAGUUGCAGUCGGCCCGAGUGCUAGCCGUGCUCUGCGGUCUCAGGGGUCCCGUCUGGCGUCUGCGACCGGACUUUCAGGAGGGGAAGAUGGUGGACGGGAAUAUAUUUGGAGAUUGCGGCGACGCUGGCGACGACAUUGAGGCGACUUCACGCUAUCCAAACCCACCUGAUUUCGCUCAGCGAGGACUUCUAGUGCUAAUCACAAGCGACUGCAGCAGCCUCGACUCUCGGCGGGCCUACCAAUGCAUGAAAUUCCUCGUCGAACUGGCGCUCGAAAACAGCGCCGUCGUGGACGGCCUCUCGCACUUUCCCGAGCUGUGGGGACCCGCUGUUGAGUGGCUCCAGUCCCUCCUGGAAGCCUCUGCGCCGGUUUCAAGAGCCACCGCCUCUGUCCUCUCCGACUCCAUCGACGGUCCCGCCAACGGUCGGCGUCGAUCUGGAACGUUUGGCAGCGCCGCGCCAGCUGGAACACUUUGUGGGUCAACAGUCGCCACUUUGACGGAGGCCGCGCGAAUGCUCGCAACCAUGCCCGGCUACGACUUGCGUCGACUACAGACGCACAACGAAGUAGACCCCGAUUCCCCAGAAAGCAUUUCUCCUCCACCGCCACCGUCUUGA